GUUAUACAUGAAUAUUUCCUCAUUUGUCAUGUGGAUUAGCUUAAUAUGUGUUAAAAUCAGCUAGACUGACAACGAUAUACAAUACGUAUUAGUAUGGGUGUUGACAAUCCCGAGGUGAUUUCUGCUUUAGUUAUAGGUGUGUUAGUUAUUGCUGUGACAACUUUAGUUAUUUCUGUAAAAAUAAUGACGCUGCUCAUUCACAUCAUUCGAAGGAAAGAUGUAUACAUUUGCCCAGGCCAUACAGCUGGAAAAGAUAUAAGCCAUGUCGGUAAUGAAAACGAGUAUGAAUUUCCACAAGACCGUACAAAUGGUCAGCAAUACUCAUCCAUCGGAUGCGAAGACUUUCAGCGAAAUAAUAGUAGAACAGACGAAAAGAAGCUCUUCGAAAGUCAAAAUCCAUCGAUGCAGGAUCCAGUUUAUCAUGACAUUAUCCAAGUUCAAGGGCCAUCGGAGACAAAUCUCAUCACCCAGCGAAGCAAUAUCCGAAGGUCGCAAACCACUGUAGUGUGAUUGAAGCAGCGUUUAAACAAUAAUAUUAAGUUUGAGUAAAAAAAACAAAAAACUUUUCAACUAUGUACAGUUUUUGUUCUAUAUUUUGACAUUUACUGGUAGACAAGACGAUCGAUUCUGCCUUUUAUUUUCUUUACUUUUGUAAAAAUACAUUAUAUACUUACAAUAUUGUGUAUCAGCUGAAUGAUAUUUUUUUCAAUCGAAUGGUGUGAUAAUGUUAAAUUAAAUUUCAAGAGUUGGUUGUUUUACAGUUGUUAUGCAUCAUUUAUAUAUGUGCAUAUAAUAGAGAGUAGUUAGCCUUUUGAAAGGUUUAACUAGCUGUCUCUAUUCAACAGACCUUAUUUUCCAAUAGCACUAACAAUUAUCCACCC